AUCAAAUUCAAGGUACGCUCCGCCAAAACUCCAAUCAGCUGCACGACAACAACAAUUUUGCGGAACCCUCGAAAAGCAGUACCCCACGCUUUAACAACUGUACAUUUUCAUACCCUCUCUCCGUCCCCUUGAUACACUAUAAAUACAAACAAUUGCUCGAUUUUCCUCCCAACAACAGAAAAUUGUGCUCGUAUCGGUGGAAAAAAAGGUGACUAAUUAAUCUGUCUCCGCCUGUUAUAGGGUUCGUCGAUUGAUUCGUCGCAGAUUUUAUUUUAAGUAAUCAUUGUAAUGGAGGCGCCCAUGGAUGCUGCACCUGAGACGCAGCCGGAACCCUCCGUCACUGCGGCGGAGGAGGUUGAGGAGCAGCAAGAAGAUGAUGAAAAUGAUCUUUUGAUGGCAAAAGCUCAGUCGUUGAUUGAUAAGAUCACUUCGGACCCCGACAACCCUAGCCCCAAAGUGCUUCAUGCUCUCUCCACUAUUCUCGAGACUCAAGAAUCCAGAUACAUGGAAGAUGGAGAUCACUCUUCAACAAAUAAUGGCAGGGCAUCUCAUAAUAUUGGACGACUUGGGAACCUUAUUCGGGAAAAUGAUGAAUUCUUUGAAUUGAUAUCUUCAAAAUUUCUGACUGAUAAUAGAUAUUCCACAUCUGUCCAAGCGGCCACGACAAGGCUUCUCGUCAGUUGUUCCUUAACUUGGACGUAUCCCCAUGUUUUUGAUGACGAUGUUCUAGCUAACAUAAGAGGCUGGGUGAUGGAGGAGAUACCCAGGUCAUCUGCUGAGGAUCGCAACUGGAAGCAUGACAUUGGGAGAAGAAAAACAUUAGAUUCUGAAAUGUUGCGCACUUAUGCCACUGGUCUUCUUGCUGUAUGCUUGGCUUGUGGUGGUCAACUAGUGGAAGAUGUGUUAACUUCUGGACUGUCAGCUAAGUUAAUGCGGUAUCUACGCUUCCGUGUUUUGGGUGACCCAAACGCUAACCAGAAAGAUGGUAAUCCAUUAGGUGAUAACAAAAAUGCAUCAAACACUGCAAUCCCCACCAAAUUGAAGGAAGAAGGUAGGGUCAGGUUGCGGCCAGUGGCAGAAACUUCCGAAAUUGAUGUACCCAAUAAAGAUCCUGCUGUAUUAGGUGACUCUGAUAGGGAUAAUGACCGGUGUGCCAGUAGGCAUGCAUAUGGGGAUGAAUGUUGGGUUGAUGAGGAACCUCCUGAUUCCAUGGUGCUUGAGGUUGAUGCCCAUGAGGCAGGAGCAGAUGGUGAAGACAAAACAAAUAUCAGAGUUUUUGGUGAGUCAAAGACCAAACCUUCUGGAAAGUCCCACAGGGAAGAAGAAGGUGAUGAAAAUAUGAGAGAUGAGUCUUCCAGACGAAGGCCAAAUCGUGGAUUGUCCAAAUUUCGAGGAAAGGGUCGGUCUGGUGAAGGAGUAGCAGAGAAUGAGCAAAAUUUGACCUCUCCAGGUUCUGGCAGUAGGUCAGGACAGGCACGGAGUGCGAAAGACAGGAAAUAUCAAGAUCCUAGAAAAGUUUCAGAUGCUAAAAGGGGCAUCGGUAGAAUCAAUACCGAUUAUUUUAUCCCUGAAAGAGACGAUAACGACGAUUGCUUCCAAGAAUGUAAAGUUGGUUCUAAAGACAUCAUUGAUUUGGUAAAAAAAGCUGUCAGAGCUGCUGAAGCUGAAGCAAGAGCAGCCGAGGCUCCCAUUUUAGCUAUAAGAGCAGCCGGUGAUGAUGCUGCCGAAUUGGUUAAGACUGCUGCAAUGGAGGAAUACAAGAAAACAAAGGAUGAAGAAGCUGCAGUGCUUGCUGCUUCAAGAGCUGCAUCCACAGUAAUAGAUGCUGCGAACGCAGUUGCUCUCUCAAGAAAAUCAAGAAAUGCCGAUGAUGAUUCAGGAAACUCCAAGUCAACAGAUCCAGAAUCUAUUGAAGAUGUUCUGGAGUUCUCCAUUCCUGACGCGCACUCCCUAUCAAAGCUAAGAGAGAAAUUCUGUAUUCAGUGUCUUGUGAUUCUGGGGGAAUAUGUCGAAGUUCUUGGUCCUGUACUUCAUGAAAAGGGUGUUGAUGUGUGUCUUGCUCUGCUGCUGAAAACUUCUAAGAAUAAAGAGGCAUCAAACAAUGUGCCCCCUUUACCUGAUAUUCUGAAGUUAAUCAGUGCAUUAGCUGCUCAUCGGAAGUUUGCUGCAUUAUUUGUGGAUCGUGGUGGCAUGCAGAGACUCCUUGCUGUACCCAGAAACGCCCAUACCUUUUUUGGUCUCUCUUCCUGCUUAUUUACAAUUGGUUCAAUUCAAGGGAUAAUGGAGCGUGUUUGUGCACUUCCUUCAAAUAUAGUCCACGAGGUUGUUGAGAUGGCUCUCCAACUUCUUGCGUGUCCACUUGAUCAUCAGGCCAGAAAGAACGCUGCUUUGUUCUUUGCUGCUGCUUUCGUCUUCAGAGCUGUUAUUGAUGCAUUUGACGAACAAGAAGGUUUGCAGAAACUACUCUCCCUUCUGCAUGAUGCCGCUUCAGUGAGGUCUGGCGUGCCACCUGGGUCAUCGAGUAAUGGGGGAGCACUUAGAAAUGAUCGAUCUCCUGCAGAGGUACUGACCUCUUCUGAGAAACAGAUAGCCUAUCAUACAUGUGUGGCACUGAGGCAAUAUUUCCGAGCUCAUCUCCAUUUGCUCGUGGAUUCUAUUCGACCCUCCAAAAACAUUCGGAGUGCGCCCAGAAACAUUUCGAGGGCGGGCUACAAACCGCUCGACUUAAGCAAUGAGGCAAUGGAUACCGUAUUUCGUCAGAUACAGAAGGAUCGGAAACUUGGUCCCGCGCUCGUGAGGGCACGUUGGCCUGUGGUUGACAAGUUCUUGAGCUCAAAUGGUCAUGUCACCAUGUUAGAGCUGUGUCAGGCUCCAGCGGUCGAACGCUAUUUGCAUGAUUUACUUCAAUAUGCGCUUGGUAUUUUGCAUAUUGUGACUCUGGUUCCUUAUAGUCGCAAACCUAUUGUGAAUGCCACUCUUAGCAAUGAUAGAGUGGGUAUAGCUGUUAUUUUGGAUGCAGCAAAUGGUGCUGGUCAUGUUGAGCCUGAGAUUGUCGAGCCGGCGCUGAAUCUUUUGAUAAAUCUCGUCUGCCCUCCUCCGUCGAUAAGCAAUAAACCAAGUCAAGGUCAACAAACUUCUUCCCAAACUGGAAACCAAGUCUCAGAGAGAGCUCCUCCAAAUCUUCCUAACCAGAACGAACCUAGGGAACGAGAACCAGCUUCUGUGGAUAGAGGCAACUCAUCUGUAGUGACAUCAUCCUCUGUUGGUAAUGCAUCCUCGCAAACAUCUGCAUCUGCAGUUGCCUCUGGUUUAGUCGGAGAUCGUAGAAUAUCUUUAGGUGGGGGUGCGGGUGGUGCUGGGCUUGCUGCACAACUGGAACAAGGGUAUCACCAAGCUAGGGAAGCUGUUCGAGCAAACAACGGCAUAAAAAUCCUUCUUCAGCUUCUUCAGCCUCGGAUGGUGACAUCCCCUGCUGCCCUUGACUGCCUACGUGCUCUCACGUGCCGAGUUCUUCUUGGUUUAGCCAGAGACGAUACAAUUGCACACAUACUGACAAAGCUUCAGGUGGGAAAAAAACUUUCAGAACUUAUUCGAGAUUCGGGAAGCCAAACCCCCGGUGGUGAGCAGAACAGGUGGCAGGCAGAGCUCGCCCAAGUGACUAUUGAGUUGAUUGGGGUUGUGACUAAUUCUGGACGUGCAAGUACUCUUGCAGCCAGUGAUGCAGCUACCCCAACUUUGAGGCGUAUCGAGAGAGCUGCUAUAGCUGCAGCUACUCCUAUUUCGUACCAUUCUAGGGAACUUUUGCUCCUGAUCCAUGAGCACCUACAAGCAUCUGGCUUAGCAGAAAGUGCAGGUGCACUUCUCAGAGAGGCAAAGUUGACACCAUUACAAGCCUUAGCUGCACCAUCAUCUUUGGCACAUCAAGCCUCCGAACUAGAACCUUCGGCGGUGCAAAUCCAAUGGCCAUCUGGACGUGCGCCCUUUACCUUCUUGUCAGAUAAAUUAAAAGUUCCCCUUAAUCAGGAGGAUCCUAGCUCAAGAUCCAAUUCAGUUGCCUUGUCCGUGAAGAAGAAAUCAUUAACAUGCUCAGAUGCACACGGUUUCUCAAAAACAAGAAUUGAAGACAGUCCUGUACCAUCAAGCAGCAAAACAAAUCUAAAUUCACCCAAAGUGUCGGUGGCUGCCGAAGUUUUAGGAACCCCGACAUUUUCUUCUUUGAAAUCUGGUGGGGAGACGGAUACCCAGACAAGAACUCCCAUAGUUUUGCCUUUAAAACGGAAAUUUUACGAUGCAAAAGAAAGUGGGCCGGCUUCAUCGGCAAAACGACUCAACACAGGCGAGCACACUCUUAAAUCUCCCGGUUUUUCCACACCAAGUACCAUAUGUAGGAAUAAUAAUCUGCAGUCAGAUGCACACCUAUUUGCCACACCAAUUUCUACUCGGUCAGUACCAAAUAUCCAGACAUCUUCCGAUAUCGACGAAAACCCGUUGACCGGUCAACCUACUCCCUCUCAACCUGGGCUUCUGUCCGAAUCCCAGCCCUCGGCCCCCGAACGCCUCACCUUGGAUUCCAUCGUCAUCCAGUAUUUGAAACACCAGCAUCGCCAGUGCCCGGCUCCAAUUACGACUUUACCCCCACUCUCGCUUUUGCAUCCUCACGUCUGUCCUGAACCGAAAAGAAGCCUCGAUGCCCCGUCAAACGUCACUGCACGCCUCAGCACUCGCGAAUACAGAAACAUGUACGGUGGGAUUCACGGGCGCCGCAAGGACCGCCAAUUCGUGUACAGCCGAUUCAGACCUUGGAGAACUUGCAGGGACGACAAUAGUUCGCUCUUCACCUGUAUUGCUUUUCUUAAGGACUCGUCACAUGUUGCUGUCGGUGGUCAUACUGGGGAGCUGAGAGUGUUCGACUCUAACAACAAUACAAUCUUGGAGAGCUGCACAAGCCACCAGUCCCCUCUCACUCUUGUUCAGACGCACUUUUCUGGGGAUGAUCAUCUCGUCCUGUCGUCAAGCUCCAUGGACGUUCGAUUAUGGGACGCGUCUUCGAUUUCUGGUGGGCCCAAGCACUCGUUUGAGGGUAUUAAAGCCGCGCGGUUCAGUAAUUCGGGCUCGAAGUUUGCUGCAUUGCGGGCCGACUCGCCUCGCCGGGAGAUUCUUCUGUACGAUGUGCAUACGUAUCAGCUGGAGACGACGCUGAUGGAUACGUCGAGCAAUGUGUCGGGCCGUGGGCAGGCGUACUCUCUGGUUCACUUCAGCCCGUGCGACUUGAGGCUUCUUUGGAAUGGAGUUUUGUGGGACCAUAGGAGCCCAGACCCGAUACAUCGGUUUGAUCAGUUUACUGACUAUGGCGGUGGGGGAUUUCAUCCUGCUGGGAAUGAGGUUAUCAUAAACUCGGAGGUGUGGGACCUACGCAACUUCCGGCUCCUACGGAGCGUCCCGUCGCUCGACCAGACAACCAUCACGUUCAAUGCCGGGGGAGACGUCAUCUACGCCACCCUGAGGCGCAACCUCGAGGACGUGACUUCCGCAUUCAACGGUCGGCGCGUGAAGCACCCCCUCUUCUCCGCCUUCCGCACGGUUGACGCCGUCAACUACUCGGACAUUGCCACAAUCCCCGUCGAUCGAUGCGUGCUCGAUUUCGCCACCGAGCCCACCGACUCCUUUGUGGGCAUUGUCACCAUGGAUGACCAAGAUGAGAUGUACUCGUCCGCUCGGGUUUUCGAGAUCGGCCGGCGCAAGCCGACCGACGAUGACUCGGACCCAGACGAUGCGGAGAGCGAGGAGGAAGGUGACGAGGAUGAUGAGGAGGAUGAUGAAGAUGAUGAUGACGGGGAUUCGAUUUUGGAAGGGGAGAUGGAUGGGGAUGAUAUGAGCGAUGAUGAUGAUAUUCCGAGCGAGUUUGAUGAUGGCGAGGAUGAUAGGGAUUUCUUGAUCGAUGAUGUGGACUUUGGUGAUGGGAUUUUGGAGAUUGUGACUGAGGGUGACGAGGAUGAGGAUGAUGACGAUGAUGAUGAUGUGAUUGAGUCGUAUAGCAGUGAGGAUGAGGAUGAUUUGUUGUGAGUUUGAGUAUCACGAUGAGUUAGAGAAAUAAGAUGGUGUUUUUUUUUUCCCUUUUUUUUUGGUAACUUUUGUUUUUUAAUCUUCUCGGUAUUGGGGAGGAAGGAGAUGGGUUGUGAGAUGUGAUUAUAGGUGACUUGUCUUUUCUUUAUUUAUCGAGACAUGUUUCUGAGGGAAGGAAGGCGAUUCAUGUUAUUAAACCAAAAGAUGUCUGGAAAAAUGUACUUGAGAAAAUUUUGGUCCGAAUGUUGAGAUUUGCUGUGUUUCUUUCUUCCUGUAUCUCCAUUUUCUUGAUCAUUUUGUUGGUGCAGCUUCGGUUGACUCGAGUGCCCAUCUGGGCUAUUGGUAGAAUUAUCUUAUAUCUGUAGGCAUCCACAAGUGGCGUUGAAAAUGGAUUUCAGUGCAUAAACGUGGCUGUCUAUUCCAUUUUUCCUUGAUUGUGUUGCAUGCUCUGUAUUUUGUUUGGGCAAUCAUAACGUGCACUGAAGAUGGUAUGUACGGUUCUUUUGUUUGAACAACCACAAUGUGCAGUGCAGAUGGUAUGUACGUACUGUUCUUGGUGGGUCACGUGGAUGUGGUCCAAGUUAUUAUUUGUCACCUGUUUCACAA